AUAUCCUUGCUUUACUCUUAUCCAAGUGAAUUUUAUUUACAGGUUCGAAAAAAUUUCUUCCCUCCACGGCCGCGUGGGAGAAAGAGAAAAAGGAGAUCUUCAAAUUCUGCCAAGAAACGACGCCUGACUACUUUAUCAGACAUCUGUGAAGAGAAUGUGGUUUUGAAAAGUGGUGGUGAUACUGCAGGGCCUUCAAAUAUCCGUACGGAUAGUGGUUUAGGAUCAAGUCAGGAGUUUUCAUGCAGGACGGAACCUAAAUGUGUAACUGAUUCACAAAAAGUACCUGGGGUCCCUAGCAGUAGCAACUCUGACAUAUGUAUGAUGUGCUUGGUGAAUCCAAAGAAUGGUAUAUUUGUCCAUGGCAAAAUAGGUCAUAUAUGUUGCUGUUAUAAGUGUGCAUUAAAAGUUUGGACAGGAGUUAGAAGGUGCCCUUGUUGCAAUUGUAAGGUUAACAAUGUGCUUAAGGCUAUAGUGUUAUGAAAUUGAACUGAAUU